AUGACAAAACUUCCUCAAACUCAAGGAGUUCUGAAUUUCAUUCAAAAAUUCCUCUACAAUUCGACCAACUACAAGUUCCAAGAUGGUACUACACAGGCAAUUAACGUUCCUUAUCCAGAUUCGGGAGUCUAUGAAAACUAUAUUCUCCAUUAUCCAGAUGCCACAAGCACAGAAAUUCUUGACAUCAACAUCGAUCAACUUUACGGAGCAGUGAUGGAUCUCACUGAUGCCAAAAUUGAAAGAGCAUACGAGUACAUUCUGGAAGAAAGAGACCCGGGAAAUUCCACCACUAAUGUCUUGAUUACUGUUGGUGUUGAUGAUGGAGCAGUGUUCGAUGGAAGUGCCACAAGCUACCUCCACCAAUUGCAAUCAACAUAUGGGUUCCGUGCGAUCGCAGUCUCUAUCGGACCUCAGCCAAACUAUUUUGGAGAUUUGGCAGAGAGUGAGGAUUGGUAUUUCACUGCAACUGAAUCCAAUUCGCAAUGGGUGGCUGAUCAAAUUUCUCGAAUCAUUUGUCAUUUGUAA